AGCCCCUGUUUGGCACCAUGCACUCUUUGGACGAGCCGCUGGACCUGAAGCUGAGCAUCACCAAGCUUCGAGCAGCGCGAGAAAAACAGGAGUGGGCUUUGGGUGCUGUCCGUCAUCGGACCCUGCACCGGGAGCUAGGCUUGGUAGAUGAUGGCCCUGCACCUGCGUCCCCUGGAUCCCCUCCUUCAGGAUUCUUGCUGAACCCCAAGUAUCCUGAGAAGGGGGAUGGCCGCUUUUCAGCAGCACCACUAGUGGACCUAAGCCUGUCACCCCCGUCAGGACUGGACUCCCCCAGCGGCAGCACUUCCCUGUCUCCUGAACGCCAGGGCAAUGGAGACCUGCCACCAACUCCUGCUGCCCACGAUUUCCAGUCUCUUCGUUACAUUGAUGGUGUUCCCAGUUCCUUCCAGUUCUUCUUGCCACUGAGCUCAGGGGGUGCGCUGCAUCUGCCCUCCUCUUCCUUUCUUACCCCACCGAAGGAGAAGUGCCUCUCUCCAGAUGUGCCCCUACAAAAGCAACUUGUCUGUCGAUGGGCCAAGUGUAACCAGCUCUUUGACCUGCUGCAAGACCUAGUAGACCAUGUCAAUGAUUUCCACGUCAAACCUGAGAAGGAAGCUGGCUACUGCUGCCACUGGGAGGGCUGUGCCCGACAUGGCCGGGGCUUCAAUGCUAGGUACAAAAUGCUGAUUCACAUCCGGACUCACACUAAUGAGAAGCCACAUCGAUGUCCCACCUGCAACAAGAGCUUUUCUCGCCUAGAGAACCUUAAGAUUCACAACCGAUCUCAUACAGGGGAGAAACCAUAUAUCUGCCCUUAUGAGGGUUGCAACAAGCGUUACUCCAAUUCAAGUGACCGCUUCAAGCACACACGCACCCACUACGUGGACAAGCCCUACUACUGCAAGAUGCCCGGCUGCCACAAGCGCUACACAGACCCCAGCUCCCUUCGAAAACACAUUAAGGCUCACGGCCACUUCGUCUCCCAUGAGCAGCAAGAGCUGCUCAAGCUUCGCCCACCUCCUAAGCCCCAGCUGCCCACCCCAGACAGCCCCUAUGUCAGUGGGGCACAGAUCAUCAUCCCCAACCCUGCUGCGCUCUUUGGGGGCCCAGGCCUACCUGGGCUACCUGCCUCCUUGCCCCUGCCCUUGGCACCUGCCCCUCUUGAUCUCAGUACCCUGGCCUGUGGUGGAGGCAGUGGAGUAGGACCUGGUCUUCCAGCCCCUGUACUCCCCCUCAACUUGGCCAAAAACCCACUCCUGCCCUCGCCCUUUGGGGCUGGCGGGCUGAGCCUGCCUGUUGUCUCUCUCCUUGCUGGCUCUGCAGGGGGCAAAGCUGAGGGUGAAAAGGGGCGAGGGGUGGUAGGUGCCAAGGCUCUGGGCACUGAAGGUCGCAAGAUUCCUGGGGAGAGGACUGAGGGUGGCCGUGCUCGGUCUGGUCCAGAUGGACUUUCCCUGCUGCCAGGCACUGUGCUGGACCUAUCCACUGGGGUGAACUCAGCAGCUAGUCCCGAGGCACUGCCUCCUGGCUGGGUGGUCAUCCCACCAGGCUCUGUGCUACUCAAGCCAGCUGUGGUGAACUGAUGCCUCAAGGCCAUCCUCAGCCAGGGAGAGGGAAAAGGACUGGACAGAGACUCCCCUCCUCAUCUAAUCAUGACGAACGGAAAUUCUUCUGAGAAAUAGCAAUAAUGUCCUCCCUCAGGGCUUGGCCAUCCUCUGGUCCAGUCCCAGUGAGGUGGGCAGGAGGUAACCAGAACAUAUGGGGAAGAGGUAGGCCUUGGCCUGGGGCUGGCUUCAUGCUUGUGUGUAGAGAUAAAACCCAUGUGGUCAAAAACAGGUCACUCUAGGGUCUCUUAGCUCCAGGACUUCUGGAACAAUGGCAUGGAAGGAGAAAGAUGAAUCCCAUCAGAUAAGCAAAUUAAUUUUUGGCCCAUAGUGUGAGCACCUUGGAUCCCAUUGACCUCUCUCCCAAUCCAGCUCCUCUGCCCUCAACAAAGGGUCUGAUCCCAACUCUCUUUAGGGAGGGAAUACCAAUAUCCAGUCCCUUUUCCCAUGCCGAACCAAAUUUGCUAUGCUCUUCCCUCCUUGGUUUCCCUUUUGGAAUGCUGCUCCACAAUCUGGCUUUUGUCAUUCAGGUCUUCCCUCCCACAUUUAUCUGGUGCCAACUGACCAUUGUCACAAGGUUCUACCAUCACUUUCUCCUUCCAGCCAGAUAUGAUGCCUUCAUAUCCUGAAUAUGAGGGAGCUGGGUCAAAAGAAUAGCAUACCACCCUUAGCAGUGGAAGCCUCAUUCCUGAAGUUUUAACCCCAUGGCUGCCAAGAACUACAUGGGCCAGCAGAAUAGCAAUGGUCUCCAGCAAACCUUUCCUUCCUCCUCUUCAAAGCUGGCCUCAGCCUAGCUUUGGGAACUCUACAGACUCCUCUCCUUCUGACCUGCUUUUCAGAGGGAGAGCAAGACAGACGCAGACCUUGGCAGUGCCAUGAAGAGAACAGCUCCUUUCUCUUGUUCCCUUUCCCCUCCCUGCUGACUGACAAGGUAUCUCCCACCCUAUUCCUAGAGUGGGAGGGCUGCUCCCUCCCCUCCCCCCUUAGCUGUUAUUUUGUGCUGAGGAAGAGGACCAAGACAGGCAUGUCUCCUCCUGCCCCUCUCAUAAAACAUUGUACCCAACUCAAAUACCAAGGCAGAUCCUUUUUUUCCUGGCUGGACAGAAAAUGCAACUGUAGGGUAAGGAGAGCAGCUCUCAGGGCCAGGGCAUUCACAUAGCAGGAAGAUGGUAAAUGUGGAGAUAACCUUGGAAAUUCUUGACUUUUCCUCUCGCGAACCCCUUUUCUUUUGAGGUUAGGAGCUCAACUAUGGUUCCUCAGGGUUACCACAGUGACGUGCUCACAGAAAACAAGAGGAAUAUAGAAAUCUGAUCUGAGAUGGUUUUCAGACUAGCCAUGGUGCCCAGUUGCCAAGAUAUAUAGUUCCUUGCUGCCACCGUUUUGUGCAAUACCUCCACUUGGGGAAAAGGAUGGGCCGAGAACAUUAAGGUUGCCAUGCUACCUAUAUAGCAUUUUAUCCCUUUCCUUUGGGUAUUUAUUUCCAUCAAGCCCCACUAAGCUCACAGGCUUAGUAUAGGGAUGUCAAGGAGAGAAUUCAGUUCUAAUCUAGUUCAGUGUUUGAUGAGGUUAGCGAAGAUGACAUGGGCAUUGUCUGAACAAUAGCCAGGAAUUCUGGCCAAUUCUCACAUUACAGAAUUAGACUGGAAGAUAAAACCAGAGAGGAGGUGAGGCUACAGUAGCUGGGUAGGAUGUUCAAGGGAGGCAAGCCAUAAGUGGGGUAGUGUGUAUGCUGCACUGCAGGCCCACCAAGUAAGGAGAUGCCACCUGAAGGGUCCAUGCCUUUCAGCCAUUGAGAUAUUUUGGAGUGAAAUGGGGCCAGCUGGCUAGAACAGAUUUUAGUAGGUAACUGGUUGAGUCACCUGGCUGAAACUUUGAAUUCUAGGGUUUGUGGUCUCAAAUCAGCUUGCAUGGGAAAAGGUUAACCAUUUGUGAUCGCAGAGUAUUCAGCUGGAAGACAGCAGAAUAUGAAUUUUGGGCUGUGCCUUAGGAAACCUGCAUUCUGGUCCCGUUGUUUUCACUAACUGGGGUUAGCCCAAGCAAUUUUCUCUUUCUUCCCUCUCCCCAUCUGCUCCUAACUCCCUUGACCUUAUAAAACUUGGAAGAUCUAUAGCCAGAGAAAAAGGUUCAUUGCAUGUGAUGUCAUUUUCUCCCUCAACAGAGAUUGGGGAGCCUUUUGGUUAGCUACCUUGGUUGCUACCCUCCUCUUUGAUGAUGGCUGGAAUUGCCUGACCUUUGCCAUAAGUACUGUAAGCUCAUCUAGACUCGACAGAGCCAGAGAAGGCCUGGCCUGUACUGCAGGCAUAAAUAAGCUAAAGAAACCCUUAGAUGAAGGGGCACCUCAGCAGGCUGGUGAGGUCCUGGGUGAGGGUCCACUCCUCUAGCUACCUUCCUUUGUUAUUCUCUGCCCUCCCUCCAUAUCCCAGCUAUGAGACAAUAGGAUGGCUCUCCCAAGAGAGCACAGUAUUGGCUUGCUCCCUCCCCAAGGGGGACACUUUUACCUCUUGCCUCUCAUGAGGUAGCCUGGUGUCAUAGAAAGAGCACUGGACUGGGAGUCAGGAGAUCCAUAUACAAGUCCCUGCUCUGCCACUGACUUACUAAGUUUCAUCACAUAAAUUCGCUGUGACUUUAGGCAAGUCACGUUUUUGUCUGGGCCUCAGUUUCCCCAUCUAUAAGACAAAGGGGUUAGACUAAACAAUUAUUCAAAUCCCUUCCAGUUCUGACAUUCUUAGAUUCUACUUGCCUCUUCUCAUUUGGGUGGCUCAGUGCUACCAUUUCUCCCUGACUGCCCUUCUGUUUCAGAGGGGUCACUCUGUCCUGGCCCUCACCUCUGCUGGGCUUUCCUCUGAAUAAAGAGGGGACACAAAUAUGGGAGGGGGGAGCUGGUAUCCCCCCUUCUGUCCUCUGCUAAGAACCAGACACUCCACACCUACCCCAACUACCAAAGGGCCCCAGGCCUUAAAGAACUGGCUGGCUCAGUGUUUGGGCCCAGUUACCCCUAGACUUGGGGUCUGCCCUUCCUGACUAGUAGGAGUGACCAUCAGGGAUUGGGGGGUGGUGGUUUGAGAUUCAAGCCCAUGGAGAAUAGCAACAUGGCACUCAAAGAGUUAACAUUAGCUCAGCAUGUGAUUUGGUGAUAGACUAGGCUUUAAAGGGCCGGUGUACUUUUUUUGUUGUCAUUGUUGGUUUGUUGUUGCACAUUCCAAGAUAUCAGUAUUUUAACAGUUUCUAAGUGCCUUUCUAUUGUAGCUUACGUUUUUUCCUCCUCUUGGCUCCAUUGCUGUUAGCAUAGAGUUUUAAAAAAAAAGAGAGAUAAGCUAAUGACUAUAACAAUAUAUUCCUCCAUGUGAGAGGAAGUUUAUAAAGAAACAAUAAAAGUGAGUUGCAAAGAUGGCCUGCAAGUAACGAGUGUACUUGGAAAUGGGGUUCAAGAUCAGACCAAAUGAAACACAUCCUUCCCUGUUUUAGGCCCACAACCAGCAGCCUCAGAAACAUAGGCAAGCACCUCCAAAUUUCACCAGGAUUCACCUCGUCCGCAGGAUUCAGUCUAGCUGGGUCCCUGAACUCCCCUCCUCACCUCACAUAAUCACACAGUGCUUUGGAAAUCAUGAAUUUAUCCUUUCUAAGGGGUAUGCUGUGGGGAGGCAGCCAACAUAAGGGAACAGGUCCAGGGAUAGGUCAUUUCUACAAUGCCAGAGAGAGCAAAAGAGAAGGACCUAUAUCUGCCAUAAGACCUGGAUUACAAUUGCCCCUUUCCCUCCUGUUUCUUAUCUUGAAUGACUUUGGCUGCUUUACUUCCCUAACUCUGACUCCUCAUCUCAAAAGGGGUCAAGAGCAACUUCCUUACAUACUUUUUUGGUGCUCUUGUGGCAUCAAAUUAGAGUUGUAAAGGAAAGAACACC